GAGUGCCGGUAAUUGUAAACAAAUAAUCAAAAAAUAACAAAUCAAUAUUUUCUGUUACGCAGAGUGUUUGGGCAGAUCGCAGAUCCAGAGGUUAUCCAGUUAAUCUUGGGAAAAUGACGCACUCAGAUUAAACAGGUUAAAACCGGCCCCAAACUCUAGGAAGUUUAUUCAAUAAAGAACAAAAUGUCAUCCAAGAAGUUGUUCAAGUUGAAAAAUGACCCCCAAAACCCGCCCUGCAUUAAGAAAAAAACCAAAUUCAUCUCAAGCGACCCAAAGGAAAAAAUGUGCUUUGACUUUGCCGAAAGGCUCUUAACGAGUUUAAGCUUAUUGAGGCAACGCCAGGUCUUUUGCGAUGUGGAGAUUAAGUUGGGCAGUAAAAGCUUUCAUGCGCACAGGGCUGUUCUGUCGGCAAGCAGCCCCUAUUUCCAUGCAAUGUUCACUGGGGAUCUGUGUGAGAAGAAUCAGAAAUGCGUGGAACUACAUGGAAUCAAUCCCAAAAUUUUUGAAAUCAUUCUGGAAUUUAUGUAUUCAGGAAUUGUUACUGUUGACAAGGACAAUGUGGAAGACUUGGUGGUUGUUGCUGAUAUGUUUGAGAUUGUGGAGAUUAUCACCGAAUGCACCUACUUCCUUAUUGAUCAGUUGCAUGAAACGAAUGCUGUCGGAAUUUUCCUGUUUGCAAGAGACCACAAUAUCCUCGAGCUGAAAGUCUCGGCUGUCCGUUUCAUUGAGGAACACUUUCCGAAAGUAGCAGAUGAAGACGAAAUUUACGACUUGGACGUGGAAACAUUCAGUCACUUUCUAGCCUCUGAGCAGCUGAGAAUCGAAUCGGAGAGCGAAGUGUUCAGUUUAGCCAUGAAAUGGAUCAACCACGACAUAGCAAAUCGCAAGCAGUACGUGUUCAAUGUUCUGCAGCAGGUGCGACUGCCUCUGAUAGCAUUUAGCUGCUUGGAAAGGGCGAUAGUGGAAUGUCCGGACACCAGUUUAAAAGUGGCUCUCAAAUCCGUUCACAAGGACAUAUUGAAUCAAAAGGGCGCCUUAGUGCCUUUGCGCGUUUUGCCGAGACAGUGUGCAAAAAAGGACAUUUACGUUAUCGGCGGGUCAAAGCGAGAGCUGAACAGCGUUUGGGAUAGAGGAUUGGAAAUUGACUACGUGGCCAUCGAGAAGUUUGAUACUUUCACAAGGAGAUGGACCAAAGUCCCGGACAUGCACGUGAAUCGCAUUGUUCCAGGCGUGGCCGCUCUUAAUGGUUACAUCUAUGUGGUGGGCGGAGAAGAAGGGUCCAACAUCCUUUCCAGCUGUGAAAGAUUCGACACUGUAACCAAAACCUGGACGGAAGUGGCCAGCAUGCUGAUUUCGCGCUGCGAAUUCGGCUUGUGUGCCUUGGAUGGGUAUUUAUAUGCAAUUGGAGGAUGGGUUGACACGGACAUUAGUGGGUCCAUUGAGCGUUAUGACCCGAAGAGCGACUGCUGGGAAUUGAUUGGGGAAUUGCCCGAACCGAGAUUCAGCAUGGGGUUGGUGUCUUAUGAAGGCUUAAUCUACAUGGUGGGCGGAUGUUCAAUGAACCAAAGAAACCUACACGACUUCGUCAGCUAUAAUCCAGCCACGGGGGAAUUCAAACAACUGGCUUCAAUGUCAAUAGCACGCUUCCAGAUGGGAGUGGCCGUUUUAAAUGGCUGUCUGUAUGUGGUUGGCGGCACCCACAGGCAGGAAGUUCUCAAUUCCGUUGAGCGAUACUCCUUCAGAACGAACAAGUGGCAAACGGUGGCAAAUAUGAAGCACGAAAGAAGCGGACCAGCAGUUUCCGCCCUGGAUGGUUAUCUGUACGUUAUAGGAGGCGCACAAAAUCACUCAACUCCAUUUUACCGAGCGCAGUGCACGAUAUCAGCAGUGGAAUGCUACGAUCCCUUAAAGAAUAGUUGGGCGGACUGUCCUUCAUUGUCUGAAACAAGGGCAGAGGCUGGAGCUGUUGUUAUAUGAUCUCGAAUUUACCGGUAAGGAAUACUUUUCGGAUGCAGGUAUUAAAACAUUUUUUUGGUGA